AUGGUGCCUCCAGCAGCUCUCCAGCUCUCCAGCUCCCCAGCUUCUUUCCUCGUCUCACUGAUUGCCGAAGAGCUCCACAACUUUGAGCUGCUGGAGCUGGAGCUGGAACUGAACCUGGAACUGGAGCUGGAACUGGAACUGGAACUGGAGCUGGAGCUGGAGCUGGAGCUGGAGCUGGAACUGGAGCUGGAACUGGAACUGGAGCUGGAGCUGGAGCUGGAGCUGGAGCUGGAACUGGAACUGGAACUGGAGCUGGAGCUAGCUGGAGCUGGAGCUGUGGCCAAGAUGGAGGUCGUGAUCGUACCGGUCCUUGAGGACAACUAUAGCUACCUUGUGAUUGACCAGGCAUCCCGGCUCGCGGCCGUCGUUGACCCCGUCGAGCCGCAGAAGCUGUUGGACGAAGCUAAAAAGCACGGCGUCCAGGUUGUCAUGGCACUCACCACGCACAGCCAUUGGGAUCACGCUGGAGGCAAUGGUCAGCUCAAACAGCUGGCCCCCAGCGUUCGGAUCUAUGGAGGACAGGGCGACAAUGCCGAGGCCGUCGACGAGGAGGUCAACGAAGCCACACGGCUGACUCUGGGUGAAACAGAAAUCACAGUCCUUGAGACUCCCUGUCACACGCCUGGACAUGUCACCUUUGUGGCUCGACAUGCCGAUCAGCCAGCGGCCGCGUUUACAGGCGACACGCUUUUCGUUGCGGGAUGUGGCAAUUUCAACUCGGGAACUGCCCAACAAAUGAAGACGGCCUUGGUGGACAAGAUCUGUGCGCUACCUGAUGAUAGCCAGCUCUUUGUUGGACACGAAUACACUGUGAAGAACCUGCUUUUUGCGACCACGGUCGAGCCUGAUAGCCAGGAAGUGCAAGAUCGGCUGGCAUGGGCCCGUGCUCGCCGCGAGGCACAUGAGUACACAGUGCCAACGACAGUAGGUGCGGAGAAGGCCACCAACCCUUUUGUACGCUGCACCCAGCAAACCGUGCUUCAGUAUGCGGAUACAACAGACCCAGUGGCAGCUCUGGCCAAAGUGCGUGCCGACAAGACUGCAUGGGGGCGUCGCAAGUAG